AUGCCGUCAGUUUAUCUGUACAUCCCUAACAUCAUUGGGUAUUUCAGGAUCAUCAUAAAUUUCAUUGCAUUUGCUGUUUGCUAUUCCAACAGGCUCCUCUUUGCUAUCCUGUACUUCUUCAGUUUUGUCCUGGAUGGCGUGGAUGGUUGGUUUGCACGGAAGUUUGAUCAAGCAUCAACAUUCGGAGCUGUGUUGGACAUGGUCACAGAUAGGGUUAGCACUGCUUGUUUGUUGGCCCUUCUCUCACAGUGUUACAGACCUGGUUUAGUUUUCUUGAUGCUGCUUGGGUUGGAUAUUACGAGCCACUGGUUUCAAAUGUACAGUUCUUUCUUGUCAGGUAAGACUAGCCACAAGGAUGUAAAGAACACAGGGAAUUGGCUUCUGAAAGUAUAUUAUGAGUAUAGGCCAUUUAUGGCAUUCUGUUGUGUUUCUUGUGAGGUUUUAUAUAUUAUCCUCUUUCUCUUUGCUGAUGAGAAAUCGACAAGCUUGCUUAGUGCAUGCAGAGGUGUCCUGAAGCAAGGUCCGCUCACUGUCUUGGUGUUUAUUUCAACUCUAGUUGGUUGGGCAGUGAAACAAGUUACCAACAUCAUCCAGUUGGUAUCAUGGCAUUAUAAGAGUAUAUCUAAUAGAUCAAAAAUGGGGAAAAAGGUUUCGAUGCAGUAUUUUGCGUACAGCUUCUGUAGAGUCAUCAACUAA